AUGGUUGCCGACUCUGCCGAAACGGCGCCUUCCUUACCGUACCACGAACCAGACAUCAUCACAAUCCUCAUCCUCACUUCGUUUCUGCUGCUACUGAACGCCAUCAAUUCCAUAUUCGAUAAGUUCCUCUACUGCGGUCUCCUCGGCCAAAUUGCUGUCGGCAUCGCAUGGGGCACUCCAGGCGCGAAAAUACUUUCGUCCAACGUCGAAGAUGCGGUGGUGCAGUUGGGAUAUCUGGGGUUGCUAUUACUUGUAUUUGAAGGUGGCCUACAUACCUCGUUCCAAUCGCUAAAAGCGAACCUACUGCUAUCAUCUGGUGUUGCGUUGACGGGGAUCGCCUUACCGGUGGGUCUGUCGUAUACCCUACAAGGUCUACUCGAUGCCACGCGGUUGCAAGCUUUUGCCGCCGGAGCAGCAUUGUGCUCAACCAGUCUUGGCACAACCUUUACCGUUCUAGCGUCGAGUGGAUUGUCGGCGUCCAGACUGGGUGUUGUGCUGACGAGUGCGGCUAUGAUGGAUGAUGUUGUGGGACUCGUCAUGGUGCAGGUGAUUUCUAACUUGGGUGGUAGCGACUUUAGUUGGGUUGUUGUUGUGCGCCCGGUUCUUGUGUCGGUAGCAUUUGCGCUGUUUGUACCUGUUGCUUGCCUCUUUGUUGCGAGGCCAGUUACUCUACGGCUUAACCAGUACCGUGAAGCUCAUUCGAAUGAGGCCCUGAACAAUCUUUUGCGGAAGCCCCAGACAGCCUUUGUGCUGCAUACCCUACUCUUGGUUGGCCUGAUUGCUGGUGCAACUUAUGCUGGAACUUCGAACCUUUUCGCCGCGUAUAUUGCCGGAGCAAGCAUCAGCUGGUGGGAUUCUGAAGUGGCCCAUACAGUUGUCAAGACGACAGUGCAUGGGGCUGCUGCUGUUGAUGAACAGAGUACGGUACCUAAUGAUCCUUCUCCGGAGUCGUCGAACGGCUCACAAGGCUCUGAUGAAAUCCAAAACUCUACGCAGUGUACACCCACCUCCAAAGCCAAAAAAGAGCCCAAGACUCCAUCGCAAACACAACCUGUUGAAGCAUUGAGUACAUAUGAUGGCGACGAAGACACAUCCGGAUCCGCCAUCUAUCACCGAUAUUACCACCCCGCUGUUUCCAAAAUCCUUCAACCGUUUUUCUUCGCAUCCAUUGGCUUCUCCAUCCCAAUCACGCGCAUGUUCAGAGGCGCCAUCAUAUGGCGCGGUUUCGUCUACACCAUGCUGAUGCUCCUCAGCAAAAUCGCCUGUGGCCUCUGGCUCGUCCGGUUCUCCAUUGCACCAGCUAAAGGCAAUAUGGGCCGCAUAUCGUCCAGACUAAAACAGCUAUAUAUCCCGCAUUUCUGGUCUAGAAGCACAAGCGCAGCAACACCUAAGCCGAGCACUGCAAGAGAAACGACCACGAACGCAUCGACGCGCACUUCACCAAACCCGCCAAAGCCGUUCUCACUUCAUCCUCCCCUCAUUCUCGCUCUUGCAAUGUGUUCACGGGGCGAAAUUGGAUUCCUUAUAUCUGGCGUUGCGGAAUCCAAAGGUAUCUUUGCCUCAACGAGUGAUGUCUCGACCGACUCGUCAGAUAUCUUUCUUGUGGUGACGUGGGCAAUUGUUCUGUGUACGAUUAUUGGCCCUUUGGGUGUUGGAUUGUCGGUUCGGAGGGUGAAGACGCUAGAGGAGCGCAAGAAUCGAGCGCAUCAGGGGAGUGGGAGGGAUGUGCUUGGUGUCUGGGGUGUCGAAUGAAGAGAGUGGGGUGUGUCAGUCUCGAGAUAUGUAUGUAAACAAGGGUUUCCUCGAGACAGAUACAUCACUUGUUCGUGAAAAAGUACG